UGCGGUCAGACAAUAUUUUACUUUUUGAAACAGAAUUAAGAAGAAGAAGAUGUCGUGGCAAGCUUACGUUGAUGAUCACUUGAUGUGCGAAAUCGAGGGAAACCAUCUCUCUUCCGCCGCCAUCAUCGGCCAUGACGGUAGCGUUUGGGCCCAGAGCACCAAUUUCCCUCAGUUCAAGCCCGAAGAAAUUAACGCCGUCAUGAAUGACUUUGCUGAACCUGGAUCACUCGCCCCGACCGGAUUGUACCUUGGUGGCACAAAAUACAUGGUGAUCCAAGGUGAACCUGGAGCUGUUAUUCGAGGGAAGAAGGGACCGGGAGGUGUUACUGUUAAAAAGACCUGCAUGGCCUUGAUCAUCGGAAUCUAUGAUGAGCCAAUGACUCCCGGCCAGUGCAACAUGAUCGUUGAGAGGCUCGGUGAUUAUCUCGUUGAUCAGGGUUAUUGAUUCUCUUUGGUGUGGUCUUGUUUGUUGUGGUUCUUCUUGGCUUUUACAUACCCAAAAAUGCACUAGUAUUUACAAUCGUGGGGAACAGUUUCCGGAAUUGAAAGGCUUGUAUUUUGUUAUAGUUAUGUUUAUGGUAUGGUGCUUUAUUU